AUGUUACUCAAUGAGGAUUCUGUGAAUUUAUACAAUUUGACUGUGAAAUGCGCAACAAACUUUUCGUACUCAGUGAUAGGCCGGUUUGUCCCCCAUCGCAAAGAUGAACAGUUGGUUCUUGUUUCCAGUAGCCACAUGCUAUUGUAUUACAUGGAUGAGAACACGGGAAGCUUGAUCAACAUUGUUAACCAGAACUUAUUUGGGGUAGUGAAUCAAGUGCAUAAAGUCCAACUUAACAGCAACCAAGACGCCUUAGUCUUCACCAGCGAUUCGGGCAAUUUAUCAGUUUUGACGUACGAUGAACAUUUGAAAAAAUUCAAGUCCAUACUACAGCAACCAAUCGCAAAGAAUGGAUGGAAUAAGACAUACCCGGGUGAGUACUUGGCAGUUGAUCCACAGAACCGAUGCAUACUAGUUGGGGCCGUUGAGCGGGAAAAGUUAUUAUUUCGAAUAGAAACAACCAUCCUGGAAAACGGUUCUGCAAAAUUUGAGAUAAGUUCACCUAUCACCUUUCAAACAAGACGUUUAUUGUGUUUGAAAUUGGUGGCAUUAUAUACCGAGUUUGAGAAUCCAUCAUAUUGUGCCCUUGAAUUUGACCCUGAGAAGCAACAAACACUGUUUGCACUCUACGAGUUCGAUCAGGGGUUGAAUUAUAUUGUGAAACAGAAAGUUGCUAAUUCGAUAUUGCCCAACGAUGCCAAUUACUUGAUUCCUGUACUGGGCGCAAUUGGCGGGGUGCUUCUCUGUGGUGAAAAUUGGAUACGGUUUGUAAAAGCAAACAAGGAUAAUAUCGUACUACCAUUGCCAAGGCGUGGAAACCAAAACACCAUUAUCGUCAAUCAUGUAAGUCAUUUUCUUAAAAAAAAGGGCUUGUUUAUUUUCAUGCAAAGUACGUUAGGUGAUAUCCUCACAUUGGUGUUUGAUUAUGAUAGUGAUAGAUCAAAGGUUAAAGACAUCACAAUCACGUAUUUUGAUACUAUUCCGCCAAGUCAAUCUUUAAACAUAUUUAAAUCAGGUUUUUUGUUUGCGAAUUCUUUAAACAAUAAUCAAGUAUUGUACCAAUUUAUGAAACUAGGCGCAGACCUGUCUGAUGCCACUUCAGUUAAGUUAUCUACCGUAACAGAUGCAAAUUCCAUUGACAUUGCAAAGAAACUUCACUAUAAAUUUGAAGUUCGAUCUUUGCAGAACUUAAGCGAAAUCGACACUUUAGAAUCACUCAGUCCCAUAACGGACUCAAAGCUUUUACCGAAUUCGCAUCUUGCAACUUUGUCGAGCAACCAUAAGAUGAAAACUGUCAUGGCAGGAAUUCCCACUUCAGUAUUGGUUGAAUCCCCCUUAACCUUGACACCCACCAAUGUCUUUACCACUAAGCUUUCCGAAGACUCGCCUAAUGACGAGUAUCUAGUGUUUACGUCAACAUUGUCUUCCGAAACUCUAGUGUUUUCUAUUGGGGAAAGUCUCGAGGAUGUAACCGAUUCCAAGUUUGUGCUUGAUCAGCCUACAAUUGCUGUACAGCAAGUUGGCAAAGCAUCAGUAGUUCAGAUAUACGCCUAUGGAUUGCGCCAUAUCUCUACCAAAAUCGGUAAUAGUAAAAAAGUGACAGACUGGUACCCACCAGCCGGUAUUUCUAUUGUACACGCUGCGACAAAUAAUAAACAAGUAUUGAUUGCUUUAUCAAACUCUGAGGUUGUUUAUUUUGAAACUGAUCCAACGGAUGACCAAUUACUGGAGUAUCAGGAAAAGCUAGAGGUGACCUCGCCAGUCACAUCAAUGACCAUCUCACCGGAGCGAAGCUCCUUUGCCAUAAUUGGAUGCUCCGAUGAGACAAUACAAGUAAUUUCUUUACAGCCGCAAAGCUGUCUCGAGGUCAAGUCUCUUCAAGCGCUUUCGUCAAAAGCCAACUCUUUGGCGAUGUUGACUAACGAGCGUACAACAUACGUUCAUAUAGGUAUGGAAAAUGGUGUUUAUGCGAGAACCAAAAUUGAUAAAUUUAGUGGUAAGCUAUCAGACACGAGAGUGAAGUAUCUCGGCUCAAAGCCUAUUGCAUUAGAGCAUGUUAAAUUAUCGGAGGAAGUAGAAGGGAUUCUCGCUAUUUCAUCACGUACUUGGGCAGCAUUUCAUUAUAGAGGAACUUACAAAAUCAUACCCUUACUAGGGGUAGACAUUGACCAUGGAGCUUGUAUUAUAUCCGAGGAUAUUGGGGGUGAGGCCAUUGUUGGAACUAAGGGUAACAACUUGGUAAUAUUAUCAGCUGGCGAGGAGGAUAGUCUUUUUGAUCCAAAUCAAACUGUGACGGUUGUGAGCACUAAUUUGAGGUAUCAACCAAGGAAAUUGUUGACUCAAGUUGGCUCACGAAGUUAUAUCAGUCAAGUGGGAGUCAACAUUGUAUCACCAUAUGCUACAAGCUUGACAAAAGUUGUGAAGGACAAAGUUGACUCUGAAUACUAUGAAACUUUUGGAUAUGAACGAGAAUUGGGCCGCAGUGCAUCUUGUGUUCAAAUUCUACAGAACCGUGAUGUGAAGCAAACAUUGGAGUUUAACAAAAAUGAAACUAUUAUUGGCAUGACUAAUGCAGUAUUCAACAAGAAUGAGUACCUCAUUGUUGGUGUCAUUAACACUGUAUCAAAAAAAAGUACGCUUUACACAUUUAGACCGGACAAAAAGAAAUUUUUGCAAUAUACACACAAAACUGAAUUGAACUACAUCCCACUGGUCAUAGAUUGGUUUAAUGAUAAAGUUCUUGUUUGCUCAGGGAACUCGAUUUCGCUAUAUGACCUUGGCCAGCGCCAGCUUCUUCGUAAAUCAUUUACCCGGAUCGAUUUCCUCAAAAACAUUGUCAAAUACCUUCCACUAUCUCAAAACCGAGUUGUGUUUGCAGACUCGCAAAGUGCUUCGGUUGUUUUUGCGAAAUUUGAUGCCGAUGGAAAUCAGUUUAUACCUAUCGCCGAUGAUGUAAUCAAGCGGAAUUGCACUGCAUUGUCUAAAUUAGAUUAUGACACGAUUAUUUGCGGUGACAAGUUUGGUCAAAUUAGCAUAUCACGAUUAGAUAGCCAGGACUCGCGCCAGGUAGAUCAGGAAUGGUCGAUUUUUAAAGCCAGGACCAAGGAACUCGGUGCAGGCUUCAGCUCGUGCGUUUGCAAGCUACACAAUAUCUGCGAAUUUUUCAUUCCUGAUAUUAUAACAUCUUUUCAGCCUUCAAGGUCAACUAAAAAAAUGCAAAAUACUAAUAGUUUUAAUGCCGAGGGAACAACUGGUUAUGGUGAUGUUGGUGUUGGUAUUGAUGAAAAUGUCGAUGGGGGUAAUGCAGGUGAUAGCGAUGAUGGGUGUAUCGUAUACACAGGCAUACAAGGAACAAUCGGUGUCUUAAUUCUGCUCCUUACCAAACACGAGGUGGAGCUAUUAUUCAAUCUACAGCUCGAAUUGCGCAAACUUUGCAAUCACGAUGAUGACGCAGUAAGCGGGGUUGCCAGUUGGAUAUCACCUUUAGGCAAAGAUCAUCUCAAGCACCGCAGCUACUUUAACCCUGUGAAGAAUAUUAUUGAUGGAGAUUUUGUUGAGUGUUACUUGCAAUUGCUGCAAAACUGGAAAGUCAAAAUUGGUGAAGCAAUCGACAAAUCACCUAACGAGAUUGAAAAGCGGUUGAAUGAUAUAAGAAAUAGAUCUAUUAUUUAG